UGUUCUGUCAGCCUCUACAAUAAAACACAAACCCUAUACCCCAAAAAAGUCAACAGCUAAUCUUAAACAAUCAUUACAAAAUACCUUAAUCCCACAUAAUGACAAAUCUUGGCCAUUACAUAGAUAGAAAUCCCAAUUUGCGGGCUGCAGGACUCUCUUCCUACAAGACUCCGGAGGAUAUGUACGGUGCCAAGGAGUGCUGUGUGAACCUACACAUUGGUGAGGAGGCGGAGAAUCAGAUUCUGGCCCACUGCCGACGACUCCAACCCAAACCAUAUGGCAAAAGAACGCCCAUGUAUCCCAAAAAGGAUAUGCAAGACCAGUUCGAUCAACAUCUUCGAAAGGAGGGACCCUUUUCGGAGGGUAAAGAAAAUUUGUUCCACCGGAAGUCCGCUUUGGGUCAUGCCAUGGAGACCUACUCGAAACCGGAUACUGUUACCAAUAUCAGUCGCACCUUUGGUCGAGUCGCCCCACCCGAAGAGUCUGUGUACUCGAUUAUAUUGCCCCAAAAAACUGUCGAGCAGGUCAAUCGGGAGUAUGCCGACUUCCAUGAUCAGCAUAUCCUAAGUCAUAAUCACUAUUUUCCCGCAGAACAGAUCAAUCGAAGAUAUACGGAGAAAUUUAAUCGGUUUGAUACAUUUGGUGUUCCUACUCAUACCGAUUAUACGGGUAGCAAGGUAAAGAAUUGCCUGCAUGAAGGCGAGGAGCACCUGAAAAUAAUUAAGAAGCCGAAAAUGGAUUUAGACGAUCGCACAAAAGCGCCUUUGGGAAGGAAGUUCAACUGGUAUCCUUAUGUUUUCCCCAAAAACAUGACCUUUGGCCUCAUGUCGCAACCUAAUGGUAACAUACAAUCCCUACUGGAGCAGACCUCUCUCUCAUCUCGGACCAAUCAGAUGACUGAUGCGAUUAGCCACAUAAACAAACUGCGCAACUUACUCCAAAGACGUUACGAAUUUAAUAUAAACGAUUUAAUUGUGGCCCUGCAAAAGAAGGAUACCGAGGGAACUCGUCUGUUACCAUUAGCACAGAUCAUACAGAUCAUGAGAAACAUGAAUAUUCCAGCUGAUGCUGUAAAGAUCCGCACUGCAGCCUCCCAUUUCCAUUUAUUUGUGGACGAGAACUGCUGCGGGGAGCGUGUGAAGUACGAGGAUCUGUGCGAUCUCCUUUCCAUUCAGAAACCACUGCCCCUGAUUGGUUCCAUUUCGCCCUUACCGGAGACCAUGUAUAAUAGUGACACUACCUAUGGCCAGAUGUGUGCUGAUUCAGUCAAGAAGCCUCCACAGGAUAGAGUCAACAAGCAUCCCCACAGGACACCCAUUCAGGAGGACAUGAAUAACACACGGGUCGUGGAUGUUAUCAAUCCGGAUCCAACCACCUUGUGCGGCCUGUGGCCAAGUGACUUUAAAAAGGCCCGAGCCAAAGAUGAAAUGGAACGUAUUUUUGAAGGAUAUAUCUCUAAAGAGGAUUUUGACUUGAUCUGGCAGGGACUGAUGGACAAUCAAGAAGAUUCCCAGAAAAUGGCAUCUAUUCGGCAGUUCCGUGAGGAAAUGAGAAAAAAGUAGAUACCUAAGAAAAAUCUACUAGGAAAAUUAUUAUAA